AAAAAAAAAUUAAUUACCUCUUGAAUUAUCUGGUGUCAAUCGUCAUUGUUCCAUUCCACUUCCCAGGAUUCUCAAGGAUAUCUAUUUUUCCUCUCGUGCUGGGGUAAUUCACAAUACGGUACCAGUGGUGCGUGCAAUUCUCUACAUAAUUGCUCAAUCCACCGGAGCAAUAGCUGGAUCAGCAGCGAUUCGAGCACUUUCCUCCCAGAGGAUGGAGAGUGCCAUCGGAGUUGUUUCAUUGAGUCCAGGCAUGACUCCAGUCCAAGGGAUGGGUAUUGAAUUUUUCCUAGGGCUCAUCCUGGUGAUCGUUGUCUGUGGUGCCUGCGAUGGAGCUAAACCAGAGAGCAAGGGCAUCGCACCCCUCAUCAUCGGUCUUGCAGUGACAGUCGGCCAUAUUGUCGGCAUACCGAGGACAGGCUCGGGGAUGAAUCCAGCUCGUGCACUGGGAAGUUCUGUGGUCAUGGGACAUUUUGAUAAUCACUGGCUGUACUGGGUGGGCCCAAUUUUAGGAGGAAUGGCUGGUGGCCUUGUCUAUACGCAUGCCCUGGGACCCGCUAAAAUACCGGAAGACACUAGGACUUAUGCUGUUGUCGCUGGCGAGGAGAAAGAGCUCCAGCGACUCACCAGGAAGGGUCAGCCGGCUUGAAUAACGCUCUAUAACAAUUUCCUCUGGUUUUAAUCUCGAAAUAAACGUGACAUUAUUGGUACGAGACAGUAACCAGCAUGAAUUCGCUUUCGUCCUGCACGUCAAUAUCACCGGAGUGCAUCGAUGUUGUCAUUAUCCUAUUUAUUCACUGCCAAUUCGAUAUAUAUUUAUGUAAUCGUUAAAAUUCAUCAUCUGAGUGUACAUAAGUGUCCGUUCCAUACUUCUGAUAUUUACAAAGAUAUUUACGAAACACAGAUUGAGUUCUAAUUACGAAUUUUCAUGACUUGUGGACCUGAAAAUGUUCGAUAAUGAAGUAUUUAAUGUUCAAUGUAUUAAGAUGUAUUAAUAUAGGAAAUAAAUAGGUUUUAUAUAUGUGAUAAAAUGUGUAUUGUUGUGAAGACAGGGAGACUGAAUGAAAAAUCAAUUUUUUACACUUACACAGCACACUUUGUAUUUCGAUACAUCAUUCAAAUAGUUUCAUGUUCUUCAAGUAAUCUACAUAUUAUAUUUCCCAUGAAUUCGCGUGAUUACAUUCGUCUAAGGAUGCACGAUUCUAUUGCCACGUGUGUACCAUAAUAAAUCUCGAUGAAAAGUCAA